GCUUCAUGCGCGUGUGUUUUAAACAUGGCGGCGCCCAUGAUACAGUGUCAACUCCUUCCAUUAACAUAAGAAAGCGCUGCGUUUCUAGUGAUAUUGGUUGUUAUACUGUGUUAUAAUCGACUUUCAGGCUACAUGGAAAGAGAAAAAUAAGCUUUUAAUAUACAGUUAAUGAGUUUAUGCAGCGUUUGUAGACGGUUCUCGCAGAGAGAACAUAAUCGAGGCGACCCCCCUCGAUCCCUGAACAGGGGCAGUAAUCACCUCUGUUUCAUGUUUUAUUUUUCUCAUUCCUCGCCUCCUGUUAUCGCAGUAUGUCACAGGGGCAAAAGAGGGUCAUCGAUCAGGACCCAGACUAUGAGUCUAUUCCUUUUCAAACCCAGCAGAAGAGACUCAAGUUACACGAACAAGACGCCAAGGAUGCUGCUGUCAAGAAAAUUGAGAAGAUCGUCCGAAAUCAAUUCUGUGACGAAAUCUCAGCCCGAGAGGCCGAACUGGACCUCAUCAACAAGAGAAUCUACCAGGCCCAGAUGAUGCUGGAUCGUUUGCGUGUAGGCAUCAUCACCAAGUACUACGCCAGCGGUGGGCAGGCUGCUUCCGACAAUGGUGGAACGUCAAUCCAUGGUGGCUGGGAGGACAGCCAGCAGGCCCUGGCCAGUGUGCAUCCGACUGUUCGCCAGUUCCUGGGGAAGGCACCACCCGCACACAUGCGACCCACUAGCCAGUCAGACGAGAGCCAUCACCACAACUAUGCAGAAUUGAGAGCAUCACUCACUCUCAUCACUGGGGACAGCAUUGAUGGAACAGGAGCUGCUUCCAGGCUUGAUGCAGAGCAUGCCGCAAAACUUUCUGGGAAAGAAGCAGGAACCGGGAAAAAUGCGACCACUGCAAGAAUCAGCAGAGGACCUCGAUGCAAGAACAGAGUUCGGGUUAUCGUUGGCAACAUCUCCAAGUACAUUCCACUCGACCGGCGAGAUGAUGGCAGCGGAGAUCAGGCGACACACAAGUGGCUGGCCUAUGUGCGGACAGCACCAGAAGAGCCCUAUACCAUCGGCGAGCUCGUGCGGCAUGUGCGUUUCUUUCUUCACCCCAGCUAUCGGCCGCAUGACCUGGUUGAGAUCACGGAGCCACCUUUCCAAGUCCAGCGUAAGGGCUGGGGCGAGUUUCCACUGCGAGUGCAGCUGCAUUUUCAUGAUCGCUGGACAAAGCACGUGGACAUCAUACACCACCUCAAGUUGGACAAGACUUACACAGGGUUGCAGACGCUUGGAGCAGAAACGGUUGUUGACCUCUGGUUGCCUGCUUCAGCAACAAGAUCUGAGGACUCGUCCACUGCUGGAAACGACAUCAGUUCAUCCAGUGGAGGCAUGCAUAAAGCAGUGGAGUCAGCUUCAGCAUCACGCAAUGAAGGGGUAGUUGCUGACAAAGCAGAAAACGAGACUUCUAUCAGCACAGGCGACUGCAAAGAUCCUAUGCCAGAUCAUCCAACGUCACAGCAGCAUUCAGAAACUUCCAGCACGUCAGAAAGUGUGCCCAUUGUGUCAUCAACCUCAGCAACUGAACAGCUUUGUAGAUUGGUCAAACUGUCAAAAACAGAGCCAGCAGCCAGUAGUGCCAUCACAGACACUGAGACUUGUCUAGCACUGCCAGUGGAAGUUGAUAACUUAAAGCCACCAGCAGCAAAGUGCAGUGCUAGUAAGCCAAGUGCCACAUCAGUCGUAGAGAUGCCAUCGCCAUGCACAGUGGCUGGAGCAGCCUCAUCACCUGUCAGCAUUGCACCAAAGCCGGUACUGCCAAAGGUCCCUGCAGUGGUCAGUUCGAAUGGAGUCAUGUCAUCCACAUUUGUGAAAUGCACUGAUGCCCUUGGCAGGGUACUCCUUAUCCCAGCAACAUCACUGCUCUCAGCUUCUAGUUCACCCAUACAACAGGCAACAGUGUCACAACAGUCAUCACUCCUACGGUCCGGUGGUGUAAAUGUUCCUGUUGGUGCUGCAGUUUCUGCAACCACGCCUAAACCGCUAGGCCUUGUGUUGGCAAGUGCUAGCAGUUGUACUCGCAAUGCGUCUCCAGUGAAUGUCACGGCAGUUGGUGCUACAUCAGGAGCAGCCCUGAGCAAAGGAGGCACUGCUGUUGGAAUUACCCAUGAAGAGAUGCCUCCGUCUUCAUCCAAAAUACCAGGGAAAGCUGCCACAAUCACCGUUGUUCCAUCUAGUGUGCCUCAUGUAGCAAGCGUUACACCUGCGAAUGUUAUUGCGAACGUUGCAACUCUUCCACUUCCCAAGGGCAGUCUCAUUGCUACACCUGGUGCUGCUGGCAUUGCCAAUGUAAAGAAAGUUGUGCCUGCAGUAAGAGUGAUUAGGCCUGCCUUGUCAUCAUGUGCUGCAAUUGUGAACAGGACAGCUGCGCCUACUGGCACUCUUCAUGCUGCCUUUGCUUCCACAGUAGGAGGUACAGGUGGUGCGGGGCUCCUUAAUCAUUCCAGUGUAGUGUGUACAGCGCCCAUGUCCCCAAGUGUCAAGGCUGGAGUGGUGCCAGCAGUGGCAAACAGAACAAAUUUACUCAGCGUCAUCUGCAGCAGACCAGCUGUCACUAGUGUAAGCGGUUCUGCUCCCAUUGCAUCUGGUGUGUCACCGCAGUUUGUUGCGAUUGCUCCAGCAGCAGUGAAUAAAACCAGCCCACUCAGUGUCGUCUAUAGUAAAGCCGCCUCAGAAAGAACAUUGGUGGUGCCACAAGUGGCAUCGUCAGUAAUGUCAUCUGCUUCUAAGGUGAAACCUGUACCGAGCACAUCACCCUACACAUUAGUCAUGCUUCCUGGCACUGGCAGUGGCCAGGGCCAAGUUGUCUUGCUCCCAACAUCUUCUGUGAAGCCCAAGGACACAGUCCCAGCUCCAGUGGUUGCCCAAGGGAAGCAAUGCCCUCUGCCAUUUGGUUCACCAGGCAACCAGGCUGUGCCCACAGUUGUCUCUCCUGCAGCCUCUUUGCCAGCCCAGCCUGAAAAAGUUGAUCCUGUGAAGGAGUUGCGAGACAGACUGGACUCUAUUAGGCUCUGUGACUUCAAAGAUAUGAGAGAGACUCUCUUUGCAGUGGUGGCACAUUUUCCCCUAGUCGGUGUUACAGAGUGUGAGAAACUGAACUGCUUUCCAUAUGCUGCAACCGAUAGUGCAACAUACUUUUCGUGGCCUUUGCCCAAGCGGCGAGCCUCGGAGUGGAUGCGGGCUUGCGACGUGCGACAGACUCUCCAGCUGCUCAUCCAGCGCCAGCAGCCUUCUUGGCUUUUGUCAUAUCUCCCUUCGCGGCGAGCCAUUGUCCUGCUGUGUCGUCGUUUUGGCUUCACACCUCUACACCUCGAUGCUGAUAAUGAAAUCGAAGAGAUGGAAAUUGGCACUACAGAUGCUGAUGCAUGCAACAGCUACUCAGAGCCAAGUGAGCUGGUCUCACGGCUUGCCAAUGCUGCAUGCACCAUGGAAGGUGCCCAGGACGACACAGGCAAUGUUGAGGAAGAGGUGGAUGUGAUGGGGCAGGAAGCUGGAGCAACCUUGAUAAAGCGAAAUGGUCGCACGAAUACUGUGUUGAAAUGUGACUCCUCACCAGAAAAGUGCCUGCCACGCAAGGCGAAAAUUCACUUACCACUGUCUCCGAGGGCUGCCUUCAUCCGAGAGGCUGCCUCUGAGGUUGGUGUCCACCUCAGCAGCUGUGAAUUAGAGCCACGAAUCGAUGUACCUGUUGUGGAGGAAAUGAUAGUCUCUGCCUGCAAAAACUUUGCCACAAAAUUGAUGAGGAGUGCAGUGAACAUGGCCUUCAAGAGAGUUUGCGAUGAAAGGAUACCAUCAGUAGUGACGUUGGAGGACACGUACCGUGGUAUACUGGACCUCAAGGAGUGCAGUUUCCUGACAAACGAGAACCUUGGCAUCGAAUCGACUAGGGAAGGCAACUGCGAUGACACUCAUGUCUAGCAGCUGCACAUUCAGCCAUCAUGUCGAGCUGCAUGCUCAUGUGAUUAAAGGCUAUAUCAAUUGUUGA